AAAAAUCAUUACCCCACCCGAAAAAGCCUCUGCAGACAAAAAACUCUAAACAGACCAAAACAGUACAAUUAUGAUUAAGUUCAUUUUCCUUUUCAACAAAAUUGGAAAACCAAGAAUUGUUAGAUUUUAUGACAAUCCUCCAGAAUCUCAAAGAUUAACAGUUCAAAAAGAUGUUUCGAAUGCUUGCUUAGCACAUUCAAAACAGGAAGGAAUAAUAGACUAUAAAGAUUACAUUUUAGUAUACCGUCACUAUGGUAACUUGGUUUUUACUGCAGGAAUUACAGAAGAAGAGAAUGAAUUAGCUGUCCUGGAAUUACUACACAAUUUGGUGGAAACAUUGAUGAAGUAUUUGAAUAAAGUGUCAGAAGCAGAUAUUAUAUUAAAUAUGGACAAAGUUUAUAUGAUUCUGGAUGAGAUGAUUAUUGAAGGGCACAUUUCAGAAACUAAUCAAAGUAGAAUCCUAGCUCCAUUACAAUUAUUGGAUACAGUUAGGAAAUAAUCAAAAAGUAAAUAUGUAUGGAUGGUCACAUCUCUGAACGCAGCAACCUAAACAGAGAUUUGGUUCAUUUGCAUUUAUUUGAGCUAACUUGGUGGGAAAAAAAACAGAUUCACAAGCAUGAAGGGAAACAUCUCAGUAUGCAAAACACUCAUCUGUAAUGCUUAUUCUGAUGGAGUGACUUAAUGUGAAGCAAGGAAAUAACCAUUUGAGAUAAUAAGUAGUGAAACAUCACUGAAAGUAGAAAUUUGACCUAUUAUUUAUUAACUCCAUAGUUAUUUUACACUAACAUGAUGUAUACAAAUGAAGAAUUAUGGAAAAACAUCACUGAAAACAGAUUAAACUAUGAUUAUGAUUUUAAUGUAAUUAUGGACUGGAUAUUUGAAACCUAAAGAAUGAACUGGUAAAUAUGUAUGCAGUAGAAGUCAAUUUCUGCUGUAGUAAUUGGAAACUAUUAAAUGGCACAGUAGAUCAAUAAACAUUAGUGGAACUAUUUUUGAAAACAGCAAACUAAGCUAGAAUUUUGCUCUAUUGUUGUUUGAUACCACACAAUAUAACCAGGAUAUAAGGAAAUAGUGGACAUUCACAGUUGGAUAAGAGAAACAGGAAUGGAGAAAAAACAUAUCUGAAUGCAGCAAACUAGUUUAGACUUUGGUACUCUGAGUUAUUGGAUACAAAGGAGUUCAAAGAUAUAUUUACAUUGAAAGAUUUAUAUACAGAUAUAUACAUACAACUUGAAGUUUUUCAAUUGCAGGAUAGUGCAGAGAUAAUUGGAGAUGAAAUUAGUGUCAGAAAAGACUGCAUCUUAUGCUCAGUAACAAAAAAAUAUUCUGUUUGAAAAUCUGUUUAAAGUAAGAAAGUCUUGCUGGUUCCAGUUUUAGUUUUUCCAAUGUAAUUAGGGUUUAAUAAAAAUAAAAAGGGUAUUCGUCUUCUUUUCAAAUAAUUUUUUUUAAUCAUUAGAAUGAUGUAGGGCAUGUCUAGAGUUACAGUUUUUAUAC